GAAAAUUCAGUCGAUUCUCUCGAUGCAAACAAACAUGGCGCUGCUCUGGCCUUGCAGACGAAAUGUUUUUGGCCUUAAAAAGUUAUGGAAAAACAGGUUUCUGAAAUUAUCAACAGACCAUUAUCCUCCGGAACCAAAAAUUUCAUUUGGAACGUACGGUCUAAACAAACAUUCUAGCGUCACUUUUCGUUCACAAUUUUUUGGAAGAUUACCUACAGUUGCGGUUAGGCAAGUUAGCAGCACAAGCAAGUCUAGCGUCUCACAAGCAACAGUUUAUACAGCAAACGACGCAUCAAAAAAGAAAAACACCGGGAAGGAUAUCACUUCUAGUCAGCUUAGUAAUACUGGAAUUCAAAGGAAAGAUGGACGAGUAUGGUUCCAUGCUGGAGUGGGCCAUAUCCAUGAUGAUGACAAUGGACCACCGAGGAAUGGAGAGGAUAAAGUCAAUAGUAAACAAAUGAUUAAAGCUAUGCUGUCAUAUGUAUGGCCCAAGGAUGAUCCAGACAUAAGGAACAGAGUGAAAAUUGCCAUGGGUUUGCUAGUAGGUGCAAAAACGCUCAAUGUUUCUGUGCCUUUUUUGUUUAAGUAUGCUGUGGAUACGUUAAACAUGUCUGCUGAGGGAGGUAUUUUAAAUCUAUCAAGUGCUCCGGACACGGUGCUCACUUAUUCCAUUGCUCUUCUUUUAGGAUAUGGCAUUGCUCGCGCUGGAGCUGCAGGAUUCAAUGAAUUGCGUAAUGCCGUGUUUGCUCGAGUAGCUCAACACUCAAUAAGGAAAAUUGCCCGCAAUGUUUUCUUACAUCUUCAUAAUCUAGACCUUUCAUUUCAUUUGUCUCGUAAAACAGGGGCACUUUCAAAGACUAUUGAUCGUGGAAGCAGAGGAAUCAACUUUGCUCUGUCAGCCAUGAUUUUUAAUAUUGUUCCCACUGUAUUUGAACUUGGUAUGGUAGCAACUAUCUUGGGUUUGAAAUGUGGUCCAGAGUAUGCUGCACUAUCUGUUGGUUGUGUGGGUCUUUAUACUGCUUAUACCUUGGGUGUUACUCAGUGGCGCACUAAAUUUCGAGUGAUGAUGAAUAAAGCUGAAAAUGAAGCUGGUAAUCAUGCCAUAGAUUCCCUCAUCAAUUAUGAGACUGUCAAGUACUUUAACAAUGAGGGAUUUGAAGCUAACAAGUAUGACAAAUCCUUGAAAAAGUACGAAGAUGCGUCUUUAAAAACAAGCACAAGCUUAGCUUUCCUCAACUUUGGCCAGAAUGCUAUUUUCAGUGGAGCUUUAAGCUUGAUAAUGGUGAUGGCAGCUCACCAAAUCACUGGAGGUACAAUGACUGUUGGUGACCUUGUCAUGGUUAAUGGACUUCUAUUUCAACUAGGAGUUCCUCUAGGCUUUCUUGGUUCUGUGUACAGAGAGGUCCGCCAAGCUCUAAUUGAUAUGCAAACAAUGUUUACCUUGAUGACAGUAGAUCCUCAAAUUAAAAGUAAACCAAAUAGUGUUCCAUUCUUGGUGACACCAUCAAAUGCAUUUAUUGAGUUCCGCAAUGUUAGUUUUCAAUAUCUGCCUGGAAAGCCUAUUUUUCAAGAUCUCUCUUUCACAAUACCUGCUGGGAAGAAAGUUGCCAUUGUUGGUGGCUCGGGCACAGGGAAAUCAUCCAUAGUACGACUACUGUAUAGAUUCUUUGAACCAAACCAUGGGGAAAUUCUAAUUGGGGGGAAAAAUAUAAAAGACAUAAGUCUUGAUGAUUUACGCAGGUCAUUAGCUGUAGUGCCACAGGAUUCUGUGCUCUUUCAUGAUACCAUUGAAUUCAAUGUGAAUUAUGGAUCAUUAAGCAAAUCGAAGGAGGAUGUCAUUCAAGCUGCCAAACUGGCAGACCUACACAAUUCUAUUCUUAGCUGGCCGCAAGGAUAUGAAACUCAAGUGGGAGAAAGAGGACUGAAGUUGUCGGGGGGAGAAAAACAACGUGUUGCCAUUGCCAGAGCCAUACUGAAAGAUUCCCCUAUCAUGGUUCUUGAUGAGGCCACAUCUUCCCUUGAUUCCAUUACUGAACAGAAUAUUGUUGACGCCCUCCGACGGGCCACCGCAGGUCGGACGUCAAUAGCAAUAGCUCACAGACUUUCGACCGUGAUGGACUGUGAUGAAAUAUUGGUCAUCGACGGGGGACGGUUGGUAGAGCAGGGCCCUCAUAGGGAUCUUGUUAACAAACCAAAUUCCAUUUAUGCACGCUUGUGGGCCACACAGCAAGGUUUGCAUACUCCAUCUUCCCAACCAUCCAAAUAAUGAACUGUGAUAGUGGAAGCCAUUGUCCUAUUUUUAUGUUACUGUUGUAUUUAUGGUGGAAAUAAUGACUGAAACAGUGUUGGUGUUAUUUCUGUCUCACCUUCCAUUAUGGAGACAGCGAUUGCUUUUGUCGCAUGUAUUUUAACACUUGUGAAUAAUAAAUGUAAAUAUGGUGUAA